GCAUGCGCCGCUAGUCAGUCCACCAUACACAACCGCGCGCGUCGCUUGCGCGUAUUUGAGAUAUCUCGUUCGAAUUUCGAAUGCUUUAUUUUUAAUCAAAUUUACAUUUCUCGGUCGCUGGCCAGUAAUAAACCAUAGAUAAUAAAAAUGUUAAGCUGAUUUUUUCAAACUGAUUGAUCGCAAAUUUUUGCAUGCAAACUGGUUUUGCAUGUGGUCAGUGCAGUAAAGUUUUAGUUCAAGCAAAGGAUGAACUUUUCAACACGAUUUUUCUGCUUAUAAAUCCCGAUUCAAAAUGGAGUUGGAACGGAUUUUAGUUUUGACUUUGUCAUCAUUCUUCUCAUGUCUCUUGUACUCGCAAGUGUACGCUGCGGAGACCAUUCUAUCGACUGUUCUGACACCUGACACAAAACUCUUAUCCCGUCAGAGCAGAAGCUAUUAUGACCCUCGCGUCUAUGCAGUAGGACUGCCUUACGAUGGCAGAGCUUACGAAUAUGCCAGGCCUUACGAAUACGGCCGACCGGAACGACCUUAUUAUGAGUACGCUAGACUAGAAUAUGAUAGACCCCGCUGUGGCCGAUGCGACGAUAGAUACGAUAGAGACAGGGAUAGGGAUAGGGAUGACAGAGACGACGAUAGGCGUGAUCGCGACGGCUACGACGACCGUAAAGUCAACCACCGACCGACCUACGGCAAUAGAUACGACAGGAACAAGAACGACGAUGAUGAAAACAGAUAUAGCGAUGACAGAAAUCACAAUUCUAACAGCACUGAUGAUGACAACGAUACAGAUAAAAAGAGACCGUACGACGAUAAGGAUAGCAGACCCAGUGGUAGCAGAAAGGACAGGGAUAGAAGUAAAUAUGAUGACAGAGAUCGGUACAGACCUGAUUAUUACGAUAGAUUUUUGAGAGAUCCAGGAAGAGAGAGAGAUAGGGAUCGUGGUUAUGGAGAUCCGUACAGAGAAAGGCGACCUCUGUACGACAGAUACCCUGAUAGAUAUGACGAUGGGUAUGCAAGUAGAUACGAUCCGUAUUUGAGUAGAUACGAUGGCUACGGAGGAUAUAGAAGGCCGCUGUAUGAUGAUAGAUAUGAUAGAGGAUAUGACGAUGGCUAUGGGGGAUAUGGACCAGGUGUUGGGAGAGGACCUCAUGACAGUUUCAGGCCCUGGGACGAGACGUACCGCGGGCAGGCGGGCUGGGACGCCGGCGGCCGAGGGUACUACUUCGCAUCAGGGCGGCCUGACACCGCGCCUGCGCCCAGUUGGAACCAGCCUGGAUAUGUCAGACCACAGGAAAGUGGUUGGCAGAACAUCGGCUACACCGGCUACCGUGAUCCCCUGGAGUACCGGGGCUCCCUCGGUUACCAGGAGCAGGGCUACCGCCAGGACUUGAGCACAGCUUAUGGGCAAGGCAGUGGCUGGCACAGCGUCGGUGAAAGAAGACCGUAUCGGGACCAGAGCGGUGUGUCCCAUCUCGAUGACAGAAACACACACAAGCCCAACCGAGACCAAAACAACUACGGCCAGCCAGCAAAACAGGGAUACGGUCAGCAAAACACAUAUGGCCAAUCUCAAAAUACAUAUGGCCAAUCCCAGAAUACAUAUGGCCAACCUCAAAAUGCGUAUGGUCAAUCUCAAAAUAACUAUGGUGUAAACAACGCGUAUGGUCAAAAGACGGCGACUAACAUUUAUAGUUCUAGUACGACACCGAGCACUAGCUACUUGUUCCAGAGGUUAGAUGAGCGAGUCACCACUAAAACAGUUGAAGAGACGACUAAGACGCCAUCUUAGAUUCAGUUUAAGUUAGUUUUAGAUAGCUACACUAUACCUACACGGGCGCUUUUUCUUUUUUCUAUGUAAAAAACUUAAGAUUUUGGGACAGUUAUUUACCUGUUGAAAAAUCACAAUAAUUACUAUUAAUUUUACUUCCCAUUUUACUGAUUCCAAUCACGAUCAAUCCCUGCUAAAUUCAUAAGAUCAUAGAAGAACAAAAACAAUUUCUUUUUCUCGAUGGAUUUUCCAACGACACAGUAAAAUUGAUAUUUGCCAUUCUAUAAACGUGGUCUUAGUUUAUAUAUAAUGCCCUAACUCUUGCACUCGGAUAGAAUAAUAUUGGCCCAUGGAUUUAGUAAGUACUUCGACGGAGUACCCACUAAUUCCAUGCGUUGGCCACAGACAAAGUUGUAACCCUGGCUAUUGGAAUUAUUAUAUAAUCUGUGCUGUGGCACAACACUUGGAAAUUCUGGAAUCGUUGGAGAGCGUCGCCACUUAAAGACUUAUAAAAAAUCGUCUGUGUAGCAUAAACUUAGCACGCACUGCGCAAUGGAAGUAGUAGAUGAUGUUUUUUUUGUGAUGCUGAGCCCACACUUAUCAUGUGGUCGCGGCAGGUUACGCGAACCUACGAAUUGUUGCGCACCCUUUAUUUUUCCAUAGCAUCUUUAGGUGCAAAGCGCAGUGCGAGUUACACAUAAUAUUAUUAAGUUCUAGAAUUAGCCGCCUCAAUUUUAUGUACAGACGACAGCAUAUCGACCAAGCUUAAUUCAUUAAAAACUAUGACAAUGUCAUAAAGGCGAAGGCCUGGUAACUCGACAUGCAGUUGACUGUACAUACAUAUCAUAAGUAACUGAUCAACUCAAAGUUAUUGUGAUGCGUGUGGUCACUGCCUUAAUAUCAAUUGCUUAAUAUACGAGUAUUUAACACGCACGUACCUUUUCGCGACUCACCACUCGUAGCGCGGUGACUACGGGUCGUUUUAACACGACCGUCCGAAGUAUAAAAGUACGUGCGCGUUAAAUACCCGUAUUAAGCAAUUAGUUAUGAAUCGCGAAAGUUUAAAUACACAAUAUUUUUCUUGAAAGUAUCAUUUUUAUACUUACAUUGGCUACAGUUUCUAGAUUUUAUUUAAGUAUAAAAAACUGUUCUAAAGAAUCUUGCAAAAACGCAAUUACAUUUUCAGUAUUAGGUAUUUUAGUUGUAGAAUUUUCAAUUAGAUAUAGCUAAAAACACGAAUAGGUUUACAUGACAAUUCUAAUACAUACAAUUUUUGAA